AUUCGAUUUUAUUACUUUGUAUUAAGUCCUGUCUCUUAAAACGUAGUGAUUAUAUUCUCUUUGGUCAAUAUCUUCGAUUUCGGGUGUCGGGAAGAGUUCGUGUUUGUUUUAGUUAUGAAUUUAGUGGUAUUUUAAACAUUUUAAGAAAUAAAAGCAUAAGGAUUUAAAGUUUCCAUAUAUAUUAAAAUUCCUUUUGUUUAAGUCUCUCAUACAUCAUCCAUUAUUUUACCGCGGAAAUCAAUAGUAUGCCCCCUAAAAGACCAUACGGCCGUCCACCUGGCCUGAGAGGCAAAGAUAUAGGACUUUAUUAUAAAUCACGACAAUUGCAAAAAAAGAACACAGAAAAUCGUUAUACGAUCAAUCUUAAAAUUCCGCCUAAUGUUGUAUCAUCAAUUCAAAAUAAUUUAGCUUCAAUUAAAAGAAUUGCAAAUGAGCUAAAUAUCCCCAUCAAGCCAAUGAAAACAUUAGACUUGUGUGAAACACCUGGCAAUGAGACAUCUCCAGAUGCAAUAAAUUCUUCACAGCAUGAUUUAAAAAGUACGGACAUGAAACCACCUGAAACAUAUACAAGAGCCAGCAAGAAAAGUAAGGAUGAGCCUACAAAUAAUUCAAAAAGCAAACAAAUGCCAACUUCAAGUUAUGAUUUUGUUCCAAACAAUGAAAAGAAUAGGGACAGUAUAGCAACCAGAAUAGCUAAAAGUGUGAAUAGACAAUCUGAGAAUUUUGAUUCACAUAACCAAAGACUAGGUUUAGGGCUUAAAGCCUUUAAAUAUGGGUAUGACGACAUAAUAACUGGCAAUUUUGAUGAAAAACUAGAUGAGUGUUUAGCCAGAGGUAAUGUUAGUUUAAAAUAUGAUAUGGAUCAUAGCCUAGCUAUAUAUGAAGACUACAAGAACAUGUUGUCCAGAGAAGGGUACAAGAAACUGUUGAAAUUUAGAGAAAUAUUGCCAACAUAUAAAAAGUCUGCAAAAUUGUUGGAGGUAAUAAAAAACAACCAAGUUGUUGUGAUAAGCGGUGAGACUGGAUGUGGAAAGUCUACACAGGUCCCACAGAUCAUCCUAGAUGAUGCAAUUAACAAUAAAAUAGGUUCUACAGUCAAGAUUUUGGUCACUCAGCCAAGGCGUAUAGCGGCCUCUUCAUUGGCUAAGAGAGUGUCAGAGGAAAGGGGUGAACGAAUGGGCAAUACUGUUGGAUUUGCAGUGAGAUUAGAAAAAAUAGAUCCAAGGCCUGUUGGCAGUAUAUUGUUUUGUACAACAGGUAUACUAUUAACUGAGCUAGAAGUGGACCAAGGCUUGGGUAGUUUCAGCCACAUAAUACUGGAUGAAGUGCAUGAAAGAGACACACAUAUAGACUUGGCCUUGUGCAUGUUAAAAAAGGUCUUAAGCAAACGUAAAGAUGUACGGCUAAUACUAAUGAGUGCCACUAUAGAUGCGGAAAAACUGUCAGAAUACUAUGACAAUUGCCCUAUGGUACACAUUGAAGGCUUGGCAUAUCCAGUGAAAGAUAUUUACCUGGAAGAAAUUCUGCAAAUUACUAAUUAUGAACUACCGAUUGAUGUAAAAAAUUCCCAGUAUCAAAAUCCUUCUAAGCCCUGGCAAAAACAUGUGAAGAAAUUUAAACUGGAAGCUGCAAAUGCGAUAGAAAAAGAUGUCAAAUAUAGAGCCGAAAUUAGUAAAUGGCUUGAAUCAAAGAGGAAAAGUCUGCCACGACAUGUAUAUCAUUCAUUGCAAAACCCGAAAAUUGAAGACCUUAAUAUUGACUUAGUGUAUGAAGUGGUGAGACACAUUUGUAUAGGCGAACCGGGGGCAAUCCUUGUGUUUUUACCUGGAAUCGGCGAUAUCACAAAACUGCUAAAAAAAAUGAGUGAAAGUAAAAAAUUCCCACCUUCAGCAUACGAAAUAUAUCCUUUGCACUCAAAGUUACCAUCUCUUGAACAACAUAAGAUAUUUGAGAGGCCCCUACCACACGUAAGAAAGAUUAUUGUAGCUACAAAUAUAGCGGAAACUUCAAUAACUGUUGAUGAUAUUGUUUAUGUGGUUGACUGUGGCAAGAUAAAGUACAAUGGUUUCAAUAUUGAAGAAAAUGUGACUACAUUGAAGACGGAAUGGGUGUCGAAAGCGAACUUACGGCAAAGACGGGGUAGAGCCGGUCGUUGCCAACCAGGCAUCUGCUACCAUUUAGUGUCAUCAUAUCGCGCUGAAACUCUCGAAGAACUAUUAAAGCCAGAAAUACAAAGAUGCGACCUGUUAGAGGCGGUUCUGGCUGUAAAGAGAUUAAGGCUGGGCAAGGCAGAGGAGGCCUUAAAUUCGAUGCCAGCACCACCAGCAGCCUCAACCAUCCAGUCUGCGGUGAAACAUUUGCAGAAAUGUGGAGCGUUAGACGAGCACGAGACUCUAACCCCGCUGGGGUGGCAUUUAGCUCGUCUACCCGUACACCCGUCUGCUGGAAAGCUGUUAGUACUCGGCGCGUUGUUUGGAUGUCUGGACCGCGCCGCCAGCGUGGCCGCUGUGUGGGGAUUUAAAGACCCCUUCCAGCUUGUGAUCGGUAAAGAAAAGGAAGUGGAUGAAGCACGGCGUUGUUUCGCACAGGGCGAACCAAGCGACCACAUAGCUGUUUCUGAAGCGAUCAUUAAUUGGGAAAUGUGCAGCUAUAAAGGAAGAAACAACUUCGCCUACGAUAAUUUCCUAUCCAAAAGUACAUUGGAAAUGUUGACAGAAAUGAAAAAACAAUUAGGAGAAAAUCUCAAGCAAAUGGGUUUUCUAAAUUCGGGGAAUAUUAAAUCGCAGUGGGAGAACCGUAAUUCCGAAAACUUUAGUCUGUUUAAAGCAAUUGUUGCAGCCUCAUUGUAUCCUAACAUUGCCACAGUCAAAUGGCUCAACAUAAACACAUAUAACAGACACAAACCGAUUCGUAUAAAGGUCCAUACUCCUGAAGAUGGAUUGAUCGAGAUACACCCUAGUAGUGUACUUGGCGUCGUUACGGGUAGAAAUAGUACGAGAGAGAACACGCUAUGCGUAAAGCCGGGUGCGAACUGGCUUGUUUACUGGUUAAAACAGAAGUCGACGAAGCUCUACCUCUUUGAUGUAACUCUGGUAUAUACACUGCCUUUAUUGUUCUUCGGAGAACUUAAGGUGACAAAAGAUGAAGAAUCUGACGAUUAUUUCAUAUCAAUAUCAAAAAUAAGAGUGCGCUGUAAGAAGGAAACAACGCAGCUACUCUUCGAGGUGAGGUCACUCUUGGAUCAAGUCCUUGCUUCGAAGAUCAUGGUGUCUAGUCAACAUUGUUCAUCCAGAAAUACCAGGUUUGAAGAACAGGUUUUAAAUACCGUUACGGAAUUAAUAACGGCUGAAGACGAACGCGCAGAAUACCUGGGUGACGACGAAGAUCUAUCUGAAUCAGAGUAUUCAGAAGACGAAUCAGAAAGAUCGUGGUGUAAAUAAAAAAAUAAACAUGUUUUUAGUUGGUUA